CGCCUCCUACCUCUCUCCAGUCGGUUCCCACGCCUUGCCGCGCUUUACCUCUGCGGCGCACUCCCGUUAUCAUAUAACCCGCGCGCCGGCUCCGGCGAGAUUCGACCAAACUCCAUGGGGCUCGAGAUGGUGGAGGUCAUGUCCGAGACUGUUCCUACGGUUGUGCCUGCGGCAGCGAGGGAGAACGGGGUGGAUAUUUACCCGCUCAGCCGCUACUACUUCGGCGCCAGGGACGCCGCCGGCGUGCCCCGCGGCCUCGAGACCGCCGCUGACCGCGCGCUACGGCUCAAGGCAAACUUCGCGGCGCACGGGCUCCGCACGAGCGUCCACGGCGUCCUCCUGGUGGAGCUGUUCGAUCACCCGCACGUGCUGCUGCUGCAGGUCCGGAACUCCUCCUUCCUGCUCCCGGGAGGCCGCCUCAGGCCUGGCGAGGAAGAGGUCCGAGGGCUCAAGCGCAAGCUCUCCAGCAAGCUCUCCGUUGUCGAUGAUGUGGAGGCCGUUGAAGAAGAAGACUGGCAGAUUGGGCAGUGCAUCGGGAUGUGGUGGAGAUCUGAAUUUGAGGCCAUCCCGUUUCCCUACAUGCCUCCACGAUUCCGUGCGGCAAAGGAAUGCAUGAAGCUGUUCCUGAUCAGGCUGCCGAUGUCCCGGCAGUUCAUCGUGCCCAGGAACAUGAAGCUCCUGGCCGUGCCUUUGUCCCAGAUUCAUGGCAAUGCUCAGGUUUACGGUCCAAUUAUAGCCGCCAUUCCGAGCCUACUAUCCAAGUUCUCCUUCAACGUCAUCAGCGACUGAAUUGUGGAAACCAACCAGAAUGUUGAGGGGUUAGUAGACGCAUGCAUACUUGGCUAGUUGAAGUCAUAGAACAGUGUGCGAUACCGAUGGGAGCUUGUAUUGAGAAGUAGCUCAUCUGUUUUUGUUUUUUUUUUUUUUGUGUGUGCAUAUGUGUAUAAUGUAUCCCCCUCCUGGGCUCUUGCUGAUAAUGAUAUGUAUGUACUGUAUGUGUUUCUCGCGACCUGUGUAUGACCGUGUGAGAAGGAUUCAGUUCUGUACAA